GCAAGCGCAGGACUUCGACCCGGUGCAGCGCUUCCGCCUCUUGCUGCCGCAGCUCAAGGAGAGCCUGCAGAACCUGAUGAAAAUAGCUGCUCAAAACUUUAUUCAGAACACAAACAUCGACAGUGGACAGAAAAGUAACGAUGGGCCAGUGCAGCGGGUGGACAAAAGUUUGGAAGAAUUCUACGCUCUGUGCGACCAGCUAGAGCUCUGCCUGCGCCUGGCCUACGAGUGCCUCUCCCAGAGCUUUGACAGCGCCAAGCACUCCCCGACGCUCGUGCCGACCGCCACCAAGCCGGACGCCAUCCAGACAGAGAGCCUCCCCUACACCCAGUACCUCAGCAUGAUCAAGUCCCAAAUCGCAUGCGCCAAGGACAUCCACAAUGCCCUCCUGGAGUGCUCCAACAAGAUUACUGGCAAAGUGCCCUCCCAGGGGGUGCUCUAGAAGAGGCGGGGGCGGGGGCAGGGGGGCACCCACCCACCUUUGGGACCCGUGGCCAAAAGAGGCCGUAGCUCCCAUCCACACCGCCCGAGCGUCACCCUCGCCCUCGGGCACCCGCCACGUCUCCCACGCGCUUCCUUGGGUUGACUUCCUGAAUUGCUUCCCACAUAAGUGGUUUGGAAGGUGGGCGGCUAAUCGUAGCUAGAGAGUUAUCCUGCAUUUCGGCCGUUCUGGAUGAGCAGAAGAAGCUCAAGGGUUUCCCACAAUGGAUGAAGCAAAAUUCCUUGGACUGCUGUCUGCAGGACACUUUCCUGUUUCCAUCCCACAUCCAUAAAACGGGCCUGAGCUGGAACUUGAAAAAGUAUGUCUCCCAAAAAGGACAGGCUGAGAAAGGAAGGGGAGGCUCAUUUUGUCCAGCCUGUCCUUUAAAUUCUUUCAUCUUGACUUAAUUUCCAUCAUGUGAGUCUCUGUAUCAGUUCAUCCUCCUUUUUUUUUUUUUUU